CUUCGCCCCUCCCUCGCCCGCUGCCUUCUUCUUGCUUUCGGUUGUGUGUGUGUGCCUUCUCAUCUCCUCCACACACAAACAGAGCAACAGCCUGUCUCAUCACAAACAAGGACGUGCUGUGCCAACAACCCUCUCUGUCUUUCUGCUUUUGGUUCCAUUCGCGCACCUCCCUGCCUCUUUCCUUCUGGAUUGGACUGUGGCUCGCCCUGCGCCGCCCUCCCGCCUGCUGUUAACACCCGCCGCCCCCCUCGUUAGGACACACCAACCGCAACCAUGAACCCCGAGUACGACUACUUGUUCAAACUGCUGCUCAUUGGCGACUCUGGCGUCGGCAAGUCUUGCCUGCUUCUCCGAUUCGCGGACGACACAUACACGGAGAGCUACAUCAGCACAAUCGGCGUCGAUUUCAAAAUCAGAACGAUUGAGCUCGACGGCAAGACCAUCAAGCUUCAGAUUUGGGAUACAGCCGGUCAGGAGCGCUUCCGCACCAUCACCUCCAGCUACUACCGCGGCGCACACGGCAUCAUCGUCGUCUACGAUGUCACAGACAAGGACUCGUUUGAGAAUGUGAAGCAGUGGCUGCAGGAGAUUGACCGCUAUGCGUGCGAGAACGUGAACAAGCUUCUUGUUGGUAACAAGAGCGAUCUCGCGGCGAAGAAGCAGGUCGACUACACAACCGCCAAGGAGUUUGCCGACAGCAUCGGCAUCCCCUUCCUUGAGACGAGUGCCAAGAACGCCACAAACGUCGAGCAGGCCUUCAUGACCAUGGCGGCAGAGAUCAAGAACAGGAUGGGCCCAACCAUGGCCAGCGGCGGUGCAAAGAAGAAGGAUACGCUGGACAUCAAGGCCAAACCUGCAUCCAGCAGUGGUGGCUGCUGCUCCUAAUCGCACUCAGCUCUCUCCUCUCCCUCUCCCUCUCUUUGUCCUUUGUUCCCUACUUGCCCUCAGCAUUCCUUCUCCUUUCUCUCCUUUCUCUCCUUUCCACCUUCUCCACCUCCUCUCGCUUUCCAGCCCAUUUCCCCUUCUUCUCUCCCCCGCCCCUCUGCUCGCUUGUCAGGUUGGCUGAGCACUUUCGUGAGUGUAUGUGUGACUGUGUGAAUGUGUGAAUGUGUGAAUGUGAGUCUUUGAGUCUCUUCUUCCCCUUUGGCCUUUGUUGCACCCCAUUUGGUGUUGUCUACUUCAACAAGUGGUCACAUUUGCUUGUGACCGAUUUUGUUCCUGCAUACAACACACGAUCAGGCAUGCGUGCACAUACAUGUAACCCACCACAAGAAGCCGCCCGUCUGCUUUUGGCAAGCACGUUUGCGUGUGAGUGGGCGUGUGCGUGCGUUUGCUUUUUGUUGUUGUGGUUGUAGUCAGUUUUGUCGUUGUGGUUGUAUUUGGACGUUUCCUUCUUAGCAAUCAGUUGUCACAUGUGCGUGGGCUCGAGCAUCACCAGCCAAACAGGAACAGUGCAGUGGUUUGCUUUUCUCCCUGCCGCUUCUGAUUUUUUUUCUUCUCGCUUGCCACGUACAAAUGCGAAUAACACCCCGCUCCAACCACCACUCACCACUUGGCAAUGUGUGUGUGUGUGUGUGUGUGUGUGGCGUUUUCGUCGAGGUAUCAGUUGCUUCCACUUGUGUCCACAGUCGGUCGGUCAGUCUUAACAGUGUUUGAACUACAAAAAAAUGAAACUGAUACGCACGCGUCAGCCGCACACAAGCAGACAACAACAGCCA